AUGUGGGGCCUGACAAUUGAAAAUGAGCCGCAAAUGGGCUAUCGAAGUGAUUAUCGAUUUAACAGUUUGGGUUUUAACAGUACAAUGGAACGAGAGUUUGUCAAGCACAAUUUAGGCCCGGAACUUGAACGCACUGGUCACAAAGACAUUAAAGUGAUGAUCUACGAUGACAACAUUGUGACCAGUCAGGGAAACAUUGAAGAGUUUGCCAAUACGGUUCUCUCGGACAAAGAUGCCAACAAGUAUGUCGCCGGUGUAGCUUACCAUUGGUACGCUCAGCAUGCUGAUAAGAAGAUGUUGGAUAGAAUUGCCAAAAAGUAUACGAACAAGUUUUUGCUAUCUACGGAAGCAUGUGAAGAGUGGCAUGGCAAGAAGAAUCACGUUAUGCUAGGUCACUGGGCUACGUUUGACCGAUAUGCUGACGAUAUCAUUAAGGAUUUGCAACACAGUAGCAGCGGUUUUGUUGAUUGGAACCUUGUGCUUGAUUUAAAUGGCGGACCAAACUGGGUUUCAAACUUUGUUGAUGCACCAAUCAUCGUCAACGCAACCGCCGGCGAAUACUAUCGUCAACCAUUUUUCUAUGCCCUCGGUCACUUUAGUAAAUUUUUAGUGCCAAACUCAGUUCGUCUUGAAAACGAUGGCACAUCUGACGCCGGUGACAGUGUUCAGGUGGUCAUUUUCCAGAGACCCGACAAGUCAACAGUGCUUACUGUACUCAACAAAAACAAUCACCCAAUUAUGUUGAAGCUACAUGAUCCGCUGCAAGGUUUUCUUGUCACCGACGUGAUGGCCAACAGCUUAGAGUCACUCAUUUGGUACUGA